AUGACAUCUCGACUGUACGCAACGAUAACGGCGAUUUUUCGCUGCUGUAUUGUGUUGUUUUUUUGUGGCAAAGUAUUCGCUCAGAUUCGCUACUCUAUUGCAGAGGAAUCUACACACGGAUCUGUUGUAGGAAAUAUUGCUAAGGAUUUGAGCCUUGAUCUGAAUAAACUUAAAGAGCGAAGAUUUCGGAUUGUUUCCGGAUCAAAAGAUGGCUUCUUACAGAUAAACCAGGACAAUGGAGAGCUUUUUGUAAGUGGGAACAUCGACAGGGAGGAUCUUUGCGAGAAAAGCAACGUGUGCACAGUGAACCUUAAAACGGUGGCCGAAAAUCCUUUGGAAAUCCAUUAUAUCGAGGUAGAAAUAAAGGAUAUUAACGAUAACUCUCCCGUUUUUCCUGUGCGUGAAAAGCAUUUAGAGAUACCAGAAAACGCUGUUUCCCAGAGUACGCGCCUCCCACUAGACGCUGCGCGUGAUUUAGACGCUGGUAUAAAUUCUCUUCAUAAGUACAUUCUUAGUACCAAUAACUACUUUGAAUUAGAUGUUAAAACACGUGAAGAAGAGAAAAUUCCUUUUUUAAUUUUAAAAAAGCAGCUUGAUAGAGAGGAGAAACCCUAUCUGAAUCUAACUUUGACAGCGUAUGAUGGAGGAAAGCCAGAAAGAUUCGGUUCAGUUAACAUUAGUAUAACUGUUGUUGACAUUAACGAUAACGCCCCAGUUUUUGAUCGUCAGGUAUACACUGUAACAUUAGAGGAAAAUAUUGAGAUUGGUUCAUCGGUAGUAAAAUUACAUGCCACAGAUUUAGAUGAGGGUGCCAACGGACAGAUUGUUUAUGCUUUUGACAAAAGUGUAAUGAGCAAAGCUUUUGAUAAAUUUGAAAUAAAUUCAAAUACUGGAGAGAUUACUGUAAAAGGAUUAAUAGAUUUUGAAGAACAACGUGCUUAUGAAAUAGACAUUCAAGCUUCUGAUAAAGGCCAUGUACCUUUAACAGGUCACUGCAGUAUCGUGAUUAAUAUAAAGGAUGUAAACGAUAAUGCGCCAGAGUUUGAUGUGACCUCGCUAACCGCUGAGAUAUUAGAGGACUCGAAACCAGGGACAACUAUUUCUCUGAUCAGCGUAUCUGACAGAGAUUCAGGUGAGAACGGUAUGGUAAUGUGUACCCUUGCAGAUGGCAUUGCGUUUGAAUUGAAACCCUCUUUCCAAAAGAACAUGUACUCCCUGGUAACUAAAGAUCAUUUAGACAGGGAGACUGUUUCUAUAUACACAAUUAACGUAAUGUGCAAGGAUAUAGGAGAGCCAUCUUUAUCUUCACAAAAGACAAUUCAUGUUAAUAUUGCAGAUGUCAAUGACAACAAACCAGUGUUUACUCAAAAUCCAUUUAAUUUCUAUAUUAGUGAAAACAACACCCCAGGCAUGUCUAUACUCUCCAUUAGUGCCUUUGAUAUAGACCAGAAUGAGAAUGCACGCAUAACUUAUCGCAUUCUGAAGGCAGAAGCCCAUGAUGCAAACAUUGUCUCUUAUCUGAAUAUAAAUUCAGAGGACGGGAUUGUUUAUGCACUAAAACGCUUUGACUAUGAAACAAUAAAAACAUUCCAGUUCCAUAUUGUUGCUACGGAUUCUGGAACUCCAUCGUUAAGCAGCAACGUCACAGUGAACGUAUUCAUUUUGGACCAGAAUGACAAUGUUCCAGUGAUCUUACACCCAGUCAGCACUAACGGUUCUGUUGAAGGUGUAGAGGAGAUUCCCCACAAUGUGAACGCAGGACAUUUGGUGACUAAAGUGAGAGCCUAUGACGCAGAUAUUGGAUACAAUGGCUGGUUAUUAUUUUCACUGCAGGAAGUGAGUGACCACAGUCUAUUUGGUUUGGACCGUUAUACAGGACAGAUAAGGACCCUCCGACCUUUCACAGAAACAGAUGAGGCUGAACAUAAACUGGUCAUUCUGGUCAAAGACAAUGGUAACAUUUCACUUUCAGCAACAGCAACUGUGAUCAUAAAACUUGUGGAGACUAAAGAAGCCUUUGAAUCUUUUGAUGUUAAAAGUGCAGUAAACAAUGAAGAGGAAAAUAGUGUUGUAUUCUAUUUGAUCAUUACCUUGGCCUCAGUUUCAGUGCUUUUUAUUAUCAGUAUCAUUGUGCUGAUUGUAAUGCAGUGCUCCAAAUCUACAGACUAUUCAUCUAAGUAUUUACAAGACACCAAUUAUGAUGGCACACUUUGUAACAGCAUCCAGUACAGAUCUGGAAAUAAACAGUACAUGUUAGUUGGACCCAGAAUGAGUAUAGGUUCUACUAUAAUUUCUGGCAGUAAUGGGAAUACCUUAGUUAUUCCAGAUCACAGAACAAGAGCUUCUGGUGAGGUAAGACAAUCUUAUUUCUUUAUAUUUUGCAGAAAUACUCUUUACAUUUGA